AUGAUCUCAACGAAGGGGGCAGCUCUGUCUCCGACCGUUCCCCGAGACCCUCGGCCGGCGCCAGAGAAGCGCCGCACCCUGCGAACCUAUAGCAAGCGAUCGCGAUCCGCCGAAGACGACACAACCACAAGACUAGUCAAGAAGCAACGAGUCAUCAUCGAAGAAACCCCCGUUCCGCGACCCGAGCCCUCUCGCCUACCACCACCACCGCCUCCACCUCCUUCGCACGCAAAUAACAUCCCCAAGAGCUCGAUCCUCAGCUACUUCAAACCAUGCCGCUCCAGCUCCGCGACAGAGCCCUCGGAUCCGCUGUCCGACUCCGAGAAGCUCGUCAAGACCCCGCCGUCCUCGCCACCCGUUGUUAGGAGAAUACGGGAGCCGAGGAGGUUGAGGCUGCGGCCUAGCACGGCGAUACUUCCGUCCGAUGUGGAUAACGGGAGAUGCGAGGAUGACGAAGAACAAUCCGACGAACAAAAGCCAGGGAGGAAGACGACACGCUCCGGAAGACGGGAUGACAAGGAGUUGCAAGAGGCCGCGAAGAGCAGACUGAACGAGGGGACGGAUAAGACUUUGGCAAAAUCAUCGAGUAAACCGAACCUGCGGUCGAAGCCCGCAACGAUACAGACGACCAUCAACAUCUCCUCGAAACCCACUUUCGAAGAGUGCAAGAUUUGCCGGAUGGUUUACAACCCUCUGCAUCCCCCCGACGUCAAAUAUCACACGCAGACGCAUGCAGCAUAUCUUCGGAGCAGGGCGAAAAAAUGA